UUCAGAAGAUAUGUCUCUUGAAAUCGAAUCAUCAGAUGUCGUUCGUCUUAUCGAACAGUUUCUGAAGGAAAACAACUUAAAGAGAACGUUGCAGGUUCUCCAAGAGGAAAGUACGAUAUCUCUCAACACUGUUGACAACCUUGAAAAGUUUACAAAUGAUAUUAUAUCAGGCCACUGGGACAUAGUCUUGGAGGCCAUACAACCCCUGAAGUUACCAGAUAAAACCCUGAUCGAACUCUAUGAGCAGAUUGUACUGGAGCUCAUUGAGUUGCGAGAACUAGGGGCAGCGAGGACUUUGUUGAGACAAACAGAACCAAUGAAGUUAAUGAAGCAACAGUUCCCUGACAGGUUUGUGAACCUGGAGAAUUUACUGACUCGGUCAUACUUCGAUCCGCGUGAAGUUUAUACCGGCGGAAGUUCGAAGGAAAAGCGCCGUCAAGCCAUCGCAGACGCACUGUCUAACGAAGUCACCGUAGUACCAUCAUCGAGACUCCUCGCCUUGCUUACGCAGGCGUUAAAAUGGCAGCAAUAUCAAGGAUUGCUUCCUCCGGGAACCGUUAUUGAUGUAUUCCGAGGAAAAGCGGCUGUAAAAGAAUUGGAAGAGGAAAAGUACCCUACUCAGAUGUCAAAGUUGAUCAAAUUUGGCCAAACUUCGCACGUUGAGUGCUGUACUUUUUCGCCGGAUGGUCAGUACUUAGUUACGGGAAGCGUCGAUGGCUUUAUAGAAGUUUGGAAUUUUCAAACUGGAAAAAUUAGAAAGGAUCUCAAAUACCAGGCUGCCGAGAACUUCAUGUUGAUGGACGACGCAGUUUUGUCUUUAGCGUUCAGUACCGAUUCCGAAAUGUUAGCGAGUGGAUCCCAAGAUGGGAAAAUUAAAGUAUGGAAGAUCCAAACUGGACAAUGUCUGAGACGAUUCGAGAAGGCGCACAGCAAGGGCGUGACGUCAAUCAACUUCUCAAAAGACUCAAGUCAGUUGCUGACUGGGUCUUUCGACCAGCUUAUUCGAAUCCAGGGUCUGAAAUCGGGAAAGAUCCUCAAAGAGUUUAAAGGUCACACAUCUUUUGUGAACUGUGCCAUUUUUUCCGCCGAUGGACACUACAUCCUAAGUGCAUCAUCAGACGGGUCAGUAAAAAUCUGGAGCGUGAAAACGAACGAAUGUAUAAACACAUUCAAGUCGAUUGGUGGAGGCGACAUUCCGGUCAAUAGUGUCCAUCUCCUGGCUAAGAACGCGGAUCAUUUUGUCGUGUGCAAUAAAUCGAGUACAUUGGUCAUUAUGAAUAUACAAGGACAUGUAGUUAGGAGUUUCACCUCGGGAAAGCGGGAGGGCGGAGACUUUUGUUGUUGCGAGGUAUCACCCCGAGGCGAAUGGGUCUAUUGCAUUGCAGAUGACAAGGUGCUUUAUUGCUUCAGCACAACUACAGGAAAAUUGGAACGAACUUUAACCGUCCACGAAAAAGACGUAAUUGGGAUAGCGCAUCACCCACAUAAUAAUCUGAUUUCGACUUUUGCUGAAGACGGAUUGCUUAAACUGUGGAAACCAUGAAAAAUUUAAAAAAAGGAUAUAUGAUAUGCUUCGUGCUUGGAAUAAACUUCUCAGUAUAUUUUAAUAGCAGCAAGCACAGAUAUGCUUCCUGUAAUUGUAUUUUUCGGAGAAUUAGUUGUUCUUGUUUUCAAAUUUAAAAGUUCCUUGUCUCA